UUGGCUUGCUUGGCUCUUCGCUAGCUAUAGAAGUGGGGAAGUGGUCUGCUCACGCUGCUCACGCCUCGCCUCGCGAACCAUGCCGCGAACAGACUUGCGGACACGCUUGCGGAUGGCGAUUUAGCUAAAUAUUCCAGCGACACGUCGGAUCAUCCGUGAUGCACUGCUAACGUACCAUGAAGACCUCGCAUAGAACACCCAACAUCACACCACCACCAUAGCUAAAUAUUCUCUUCAAGAAAGCUGUGUAUCUUGUUGGACGUCCGUCGAUGGGCACCGGUUCCCAAUUAACAAAUGGCAACAAAUUCGGCUCACAUAGCGUACAGGUGCAACAAGUGCCAGUCAACAUUUUCUCAGCUGCACCCUCUCAGGCAGCAUCAUGUGGAUGUACAUAACUUCCAAGUGAACUAUGAAACUCACGAGUUCAAUUCUGAAGCUGAUUUUCAUGCCUGGAAAGAAGAAAUGCAAAAGGCAACCAGGAGCCACUUUAUUAAACGCACAGGAAAAAAAAGAUUGAAAGAUGGAGGUUCAAAGUGUUACUAUAUUUGUAACCGAUCAGGAGCCUUUAUAGAGAAGACACAGCACCGGAAAAGAUCCAUAAAAUCACAAGGGUCAGUCAAGUGUGGGUCAACCUGCCUUGCAGAUAUGUCUGCAAUAUUCCAAAAUGGCAAGGUCUCAGUUGUCUUUCAAGCUUCCCAUUAUGGACAUGACUUUGAGCUGUGUCAUACCCUACUGACAAAAACAGGGAAAGAUGCAAUAAUAGCUGGAAAACUACAUGACGAUGUUGCACCCAGUGUUGCGUUUGACGGUAUCCGGGGCAUGCUGGACGACACAUUUCAAACGAUUCACCUCACCGCAAGGCAGGCCCUGCACAACAUCAUGACGGACUACAAUAUAUGUUAUGAUGAGAGGAAGCACGAAGACGAUCACCAUAGUGUUGCCCUGUGGGUCAGUUCUAUGAGAUCGCAAACAAACAAUCCAGUGCUUUUCUUCAAGCAGCAAGGCGAGAAGGAUGACCCUACUGUCUUUCAACGAGGAAACACCGACUUGUUGCAAGAUGAGGAUUUCUUGUUAGUGCUCAUGACAGGUGUGCAAAAACAAAUGUCAAGGCAUUUGGGCACUGAGAAAGUGUGCGUAGAUUCUACACACGGCACCACAGGCUUCAACUUUCAACUGGUUGCACUACUAUGUGUUGAUGAAUUUGGAGCAGGUGUGCCACUUGCUUACUGCAUAUCUAAUAGGACAGACUGUGUUGCCCUCAAGUUGUUUUACAAAUGCAUCAAAGAAGAAACUGGACCACUUCACACAAAGGUCUUCAUGAGUGACAGUGUCCCUGCCUUCUAUAAAGCCUGGGAGGAGACCAUGGGCCCCGUCCAGAAAAGGCUGCUGUGUGAAUGGCACAUAGACAGGUGCUGGAGGAAGAAUAUCGCCAAGUACAUUUCUUGUAAAGAACAUCAAGCACAUGUGUAUAAGGUACUACGCACUCUUCUCUCAGAGACGGAUGUAGAUGUUUUCAAAAAGCUGCACGACGCCUUCCUCAAUGAUUGCAAAGGAGAACACGUGCAGGACUUCAGGAAAUAUUUUGAAAAAAUGUAUGCUGGGCGACCAGAGAUAUGGGCAUACUGUUAUAGAACUGGUACCGGGCUAAACGAAAAUAUGCAUCUCGAGGUAUUCCACCGGGUUCUUAAGUGCUGCUACCUUGAUGGCAAGAAGAACAAAAGAGUUGACAAACUGAUCUCCACUCUCCUUCGGUUAACACGAGACAAAACAUUUGAACACGUUGUUCAGCUGGCAAUGGAAAAGCCCUGCUCGUACCUGGCAGCUAUCAACAGCAGACACAAGAGAGGAGAGCAGAUAAAGCCAGAUGAUGUUCACCAAGCAGACAUUGGUCAAUGGAAAGUGAAAUCUCAGUCUUUUCCUGACACACACUAUGUGGUGACGAAAAUGACAGCUGACAUCUGUAACACAAGCUGCAGAAUUAUAUGUCGACCAUGCAGUGCUUGUAUACAUGCCUACAGAUGUUCAUGCCCUGACAACCUUGUGCACAUGAACAUGUGCAAGCACAUUCAUUCAGUUGCAUUAUGGGACACCGCCACACCACCAUCAAGUGCAAGACCAGAUGAUGAUGAUGAUGAUACUGAUAUUCAGUGGCAUCCACAGGAGGACACUGAGGUCUGCAGCCCAUCAGCACUGAUGAGAUGUCAAGGACAAGCAGAAGAAUCUGCCACAUUAGAUGAGUGCAAGAUCCUUGUUGAAGCUGUAUCAAACCGCCUCAGCAGCCCAUUAUGUGUGAAGACAAGGCAGGAUGUUGCGAGAAUGCUGAGGGAGGUUCUCUCUGUGAUGUCAGCAGAUGAAAAUGAUGCUGAACCCGCUGCGACACCACCAAUCAAAACAAUGUCAAAACAUGUGCAAACAGUGCCAAUAGUUAAAAUCUGUGCAGCCACGUCAAAGCCAACCUUUGCAGAAAUGCAAAUGAUUACAAGAACAUUUCUAGAACCUGAUGUUCCAACUACUUCUGAGGAUUCAGAAGAUCAUACAUAUGUGCAAAAAUAACUACUAUAUAUAGGAUGCUCGCAAAGUUUUAGAUGUUCAUGUGCCUUGCCUCAGCAACUGAGUUCCAACGUACACUUGCUUGCACUGCUUUGGUUCAUUUAAUUGUUAGCAUUUGUGACAAGAGAGGCAAAAGUCUUGAAGAAAGUUGGAAUUAGAAAUCAUGCCUACUGAGUUCUGCAAUUAAUUCUUAUCAAGGGAGUUAAAUUUGUUUUUGGUUUUAACUAGGUUCUUACGGCACUUUUCUGCUUUUGUUCCACAGAAGGCUGUCACUCCACUCGGUAUUAUUGUAAACCUCUACCCAAUAUAGGCCAGUCAGAUCACACAGCUAGGCUGAUUCAUUUUAUGAUGCUUUGUUUCACAAUUCAAGGAAAUGUAUCUCUACGGUGACCUCAGUGAGCAAAUAACGCUGUUGGCCGAGUUUUGAGCAUUUUUGCUAGUCUCGUUGAUCCUUUCCAGUAUGAGCUUGUAAUAAUAACCUGUAAGAAUGAGCCUGUUGGCUUGCACCUUUUCAGCCAUUGCAUCUGGGUCCUUGACAAUUAUUUUCAGCACAUUUAGAGAACAGCGUACUCUGACCAAGCCAUCAUCAGCUUCCAAUCUGCCCGACAAUUGUGCACCAACUAUUCUUUUUGAUGCUACAGGUUUUCCCGCUCAUUUUAAAGGGACUAUGAAACGAUUUUUUUCUUCGUUUCGUUCGAAAGAAGGCAUUUUUCUGAGUCUAGAACCGAAAUUCUGCUUUCAUCGCGCGAGCGGAUUUCUCGGGAUCGAAUUUAAACGGAGCGGCGAAGGGAGGACAGCUGGCGCCGCACCGUGGCGAGAUGCCGAGCGGAGACACAACGGGUAACAUGACGCGACCACGGCCGGCAGGAGCAUGCGCCGUAGGAUCCCGCGUAUGCGUUCAUCGGGAGUGGACAUUUCCAUGACAGCAGCUUUCGCGCGAUCGGCAGAUUUCGGCAGUGGCGGCAGCCACAGCGCGAGCUCGCGGCAUUACUUGCCAUUGUGCAACACCGGUGACGUAACGGGGAACCGAAGUGCGGUCCGUACAGUUACACCAUCGACAGGGAAAUAUGCGCGGGAGAGGAGGAACGCGGAAGAGACAUUUCCAGCGCGCGCUCCUCGCAGAGUGGAGCGAUUUCGUCCGGAAAAAUUUGUGGCAUAUUAGUUUCUCUGCGGGAAGAACAGUUUCCAUCGAAAAAAAGUAUGGGGGUUCGGGAAAUUUCAUAGUCCCUUUAAUCCAUUGGUUACUCAAUUUAAUCCCAGUUCUACCCAAACCCAAUUUAAUUCAAUGGUCAACCAAAUUAAUCCAACACCAACCAACUUAAUCCAAGCAACAAUAUAUUCAUAAUGCAGUGUGUCAAACUGAAAUUUCCAUUAAAAUUUGUGGCAUUCUUAUCAUGACUACAAAUUCUAUUACUACAGUGAUUUUACUCUCUGCAAUAUUCUACUCAAGAAUCCAUGACUACUGCUUGUCUUUAUGAUAUUUCAUGACGAUUUCUGACGAGGGGUCAUAACUUGUACGACUACAACUAGUUGAAACUGUCUUGUGAGAUUCAUGACUGCUGCUUGCCAUUAUGACAUUUCAUGACUAUUUUGGACACAGAGGUCAUAACUAGACUGCAUGACUACAGCUGGUUCAAUCAGUGUCGAGCAAUAAAUUUAUGACUAUA